GACAAUAAAUUUGACAUUUGAAAUCCAAUAUAUAGGAUUUUGUGGAUAUAUAUGAAAGAUACUUUUUCGGAAUUUUUAUGUGAGAAAGAGAAUUAACGAAAUUAUUUUAAUAGAUCAGUUAAAUCAUAUAGUUAUCGGAAAUGCCGCCUAAAGCUAAACCGGCUGCUCCAAGUAAAAAAACUGAACAAAAAAAGAAGGAAAAGGUUAUUGAGGACAAAACAUUUGGACUAAAAAAUAAGAAAGGUGCCAAACAACAAAAAUUUAUUCAACAAGUGGAAAAGCAAGUGAAGACUGGUGGUUUACAUCCUCAAAAAGAAGAUACAAAGAAAUUAGAGAAAGAAAAGAAGUUGAAGGAACAAAAAGAAUUGGCAGCACUCUUCAGGCCUGUUCAAACUCAAAAAAUUGAGAAAGGAGCUGACCCAAAAUCAGUUGUUUGUGCUUUCUUUAAGCAGGGACAAUGUGGCAAAGGUGAUAAGUGUAAAUUUUCCCAUGACUUGGCAGUUGAAAGAAAAGCUGAAAAGAGGUCCAUGUAUGUUGACAUGCGAGAUGAUGGAGAUGGAGAUACUAUGGAAAAUUGGGAUGAAGCUAAACUUAAAGAGGUUAUCGAAAAGAAACAAGGGAAAUCGGCAGUGAUGCCUACAACAGACAUAAUCUGCAAGCACUUCUUAGAAGCUGUUGAAAAAUCUAAAUAUGGAUGGUUUUGGCAAUGUCCUGCUGGCGAAAACUGCAUAUAUCGCCACGCCUUACCACCAGGUUUUGUUCUCAAAAAAGAUAAAAAAAAACUUGAAGACAAGGAAAAUGAAAUCACCUUAGAUGAUCUGAUUGAGAAAGAAAGAGCAGCUCUAGGUCCUAAGCAAACUAAAGUUACCCUAGAAACGUUUUUGGCAUGGAAAAAGAGAAAGAUUCAGGAGAAAAAAGAUCAGGCCAAAAAAGAUGAAGAUAAGAAACGUACAGAUUACAAAGCUGGAAGACAAGUUGGAUUGUCCGGAAGGGAAAUGUUUAGUUUUAACCCAGAACUGGCGAAUGAUAAUGAUAUGGAGGAAGGAGAUGAGCUCUUUGACUCAACAACAUAUGCCCCAGAAGAAGAUUCUAAUGUUUACAAAGAGAUCAAUUUGGACAUAUUAGAGCAGGAUAUACAAGAGGUUAGUGCUGGACAUUAUUGUUGAGAUAUAAUUCAGU